CUGCCGGGACCGCGGAGAACGACUCCGGCGGUCCCACGUGGGUAUCUCACUCGCCGCUCUUACGACGCGUGGGAACUGCCCCUCCGCCUGUCUUCCUCCCACACUCCCCGUACCGCUGGGAAGCAGUUAUCUUUCUUUUCGUGGCAUGGUUGAGAUGACUGGCCACGUGGGAGCGACGGCUUCCGGCCUCGUAUGGCCUCCUCACACCGCAGGGCCCUCUGUCUGGGUGCCGGUGGGGAG